AUGUUCUCCCAUGAAGAAUCACUUUUGGCAGAAGUAAAUAUAUCACAUUGGAAAGAAUUGGCACUGAAUGGAAACGACGAUUUUAUACGUGUCUUUAGUAAACAAGUUUACGAUAUUUCUGUUCUUAUUAUUCCAUUCUUACUGAUGAUUCCGCACCUAAAGGAAGACAUCAAUAAUACAGUGAAGAAAAAAUUACCGCAUUACAAAGAUGAAAUACAGAAAUUGAAAAACGAAAGCUAUACUACUAUUAUUAGUAGUAUUAUUUCAUUCUUACUGUAUGCAGUGAAACAGGCCAUGGUGUUUUCGUGUAAGGUUUUCAUUGUUACUACCGUUUGUUUUUUUCUUGCAAUAUUCUUGGUGACUGUAGCGUCGAACAAACAGUUCGUGGAUGAUAUUAUUAGAGGUAUCAUGUCAUUCUUACUGUCUUCAGCGCAACUGGUGCUAUCGGAUGAUAGUAUUAUUAUUAUUAUUUUAUUCUUACAGUCUUCAGUGAAACUGGUCUUCUCGUAUGCUAUAAUUAUUAGUAGAAAUAUUUCACUCUCACUGACUUUAAUGAAAGUGGUGUUCUCGUAUGCUAUUAUUAUAUAUAGCAUUAUAACAUUCUCACAUUCUUCAGUGGAACAGGAGUUCACGUGUAUUGUUCUUAUUACUCUCGGUUUCAUCCCAAAGUUUCCAGAACUGUUGUUUUCGUGUGCUAUCCUUUGUGGUACUAUUAUUCUAUUCUCGCCGUAUUUAGAACUGGUGUUCCAGAAAUUAAAGGUCUUAAUCAAUUAUGCCUCAAGGUUAGAAGCGGGUUCGAAAUUAGAAAAGGAGAGACUACAUGAGACAGUAGAUCAAUUGCAGGAGGACCAAUUGAAGAUUGCCCAACAGGAGUGGCCGUUUGAACUUACAUGGUACAAUGAUGAGCAAAGACAAUUUACAAUUGACGACCAACAAAAGUUACAGGAUGAUCAGGAGAAGUUAGAAGACAAGCAAGAGUUCAUUAAAAUCCAGGAAGAAUUAGAUACUGAUCAACAGAAUGCAACGGUUGACAAGGAAGAGUUCAUUAAUGUUCAGGAACAAUUAAAUACUGAUCAACAGAAUGCAACGGUUGACAAGGAAGAAUUCGUUAAGAAGCAAGAGUUCAUUAAUGUUCAGGAACAAUUAAAUACUCAUCAACAGAAUGCAACGGUUGACAAGGAAGAAUUCAUUAAGAAGCAAGAGUUCAUUAAUGUUCAGGAACAAUUAAAUACUGAUCAACAGAAUGCAACGGUUGACAAGGAAGAGUUCAUUAAGAAGCAAGAGUUCAUCAAUGUUCAGGAACAAUUAAAUACUGAUCAACAGAAUGCAACGGUUGACAAGCAAGAGUUCAUUAAUGUCCAGGAACAAUUAAAUACUGAUCGACAAAAUGCAACGAUUGACAAUGAAGCGUCCAAUGAUGAGCAGAGACAACUCCAGAUUCAAAAGUUAAAGGAUGAAUAUCUUCAACAAUUACAACGUAAAGGUCAUAUUUGUGCAAAAAAUUGCGUCUUGUGCUCCAUUCUUUGGAGUUGUCAACAGGAACUGGGCUUCUACCUUUGUGGUCCCCAAUUAAUACUGAUAAUGUUUCUUCAUGCAGCCGAAAAAAAUAAAAGGGAAUAUCUCAAGUGUGAAAAAUUUAUAGAAAUAUUCAUGAAAUGUAAAGUAAUUGAUGCACCUGUGGGUUGCGAGUAUCUAUGGUCUGAAGAAAUGAGUAAGAAGUCUGAAAUGAUAGAGAAAGCUUGGAAUGCACUCAUGAAUAUGGAUAAAAGUGUAUGUUUAAUAGGAAUAAAGAGUUCAAAGGCUCUAGGCGGAGGUCAUUGCGUAGUUUGUGAUUUGAAUACAAGGACUGGAUGUGGAACAGUAACGUUUCAUGACCCACAGAAAGAAGAGAAAGCAGAAUGGAGUAAAACAGAAUUCAUAUUCUACCUUGAUGAUCCCAAUAUCGCAGGCCUAAGAUUGUUCACUGUCAACUUGCAGAAGCUAAAAGACAUAAUCGAUGAAUAUAGCGAGAUUUUACACCACACAGAUAAAAGUAAUCAAACUUUGUCUCCCAUGCCGCUUCGGGUUUGA